GACGAUGUGGCAAACAGCUCGGAGAACCCCUUCCCGGGCCAGCUCUUCAACAAGCCUGGCGAUGACUCGCCCGAUGUCUACAAGGGUUGCAAGGUGGACUACUCUGGGGAUAUUGUGACCGGCCAGCUGUUCAUGGACGUCCUUACUGGCAACACUGAGGGCGCCAAGGGCAAGGUGCUGAAGAGCGGUGCAAGCGACAUGGUCUUCGUCAAUUUCGUGGACCACGGAGGCCCUGGCAUCAUUGCCUUCCCCAACGGCCCUGUGCUGACAGUGAAGGAGCUCUCCAAGACACUGAAGACAAUGCAGAGCAAGCACAUGUUCAAGGAGAUGGUCUUCUACAUGGAAGCGUGCGAAAGUGGCUCCAUGUUCCCAGACCUCGAGAAGGACUCCAAGAUUUUGGCUGUGACCGCCUCAAACGCAGAUGAGUCUUCGUGGGGCACUUACUGCGGUGAUGCAGCCAUCGUGAAGGGCAAGAAUGUGGGCUCUUGCUUGGGCGACCUCUUUUCGGUGAACUGGAUGCAGGACGACGAUCUCGGCAAGUUCUCUUCCGAGACCUUCCGCAGUCAGAUCGCCAAGGUGACAAAGCUGACCAACAAGAGCCACGUUUGCAGCUUCGGUGACAAGUCCUUCGUGGAUGACACCAUCGGAAGCGUUGAGACCACAGGUCGCCUCUCCUUCAGCCCCGUGGAUGCCACUCAUGGCGCUGUGGACGCACGCGAUGUCUAC